CUGGGCCCAAACUGUGACCUCAGGAUGACGUUCCUCCCCGGCCCAGCCCCUCCUGCGAUGCACUGCCGUGUCUGCCCUGCAGUCUCACACAGAGACAACAAUAUUCCCACACGUCAAGGACUAGCAGAGCCACCAGCUCGGGUUACCUCCAGCUGCUUCUGAUGCUUUGUGUCGAAAAUACACCUACUGUCAACCAACUGCGACAAGAUGUACCACUCUGACCACGGCGUUGACUUCCUGGACCUCUCCUUCUGUAUCCCUGGCAGCCCUGCAGAACUGUGCCCAGCAUACACAAAUUGAACAGAACCCUCCAAGAAACCACAUAUAUACCAUCACCUUCAGCCUGCUCUGCUCCUGUCUCACGCUUUUUCCACCUGGACCAUGGACAGCCCCCCUAAGCUGUCAGGCGAGACCCUGAUCGUACGCCACAUCCCCCUGGUGCACUGCCAGGUUUCAGGUAUGCGGCAGGUUGGCUGCGGGGGCUCGCUGAAGAGGAGCAAACCGUUUAUCCCACCUGAGAACUUGGGCUUGAGUCGCACCACUUCCCUUCCCGAGAGAGACAUCCUUCAGAGAGAGGCACUCCUCUUCAGCAGCCUGAUCCAGACCUCCAACGUCUCCUGGGCAUCCCACAACGGGGGAAGACAUAGGAAAGUGGGAGGGAGAGGAGGCAGCACAGCAAGUGAUGAUUCAUCAUUUACCUCGAGUAAUUCAGACGACCAGCUGAUUACAGCUCACACAUUACCACGUGUCAAACCUAGAAACAGAAAUCCAUUGCGUCACAAUCCCUUUCUGCUGAAUACCGAAGAUGAGGAUGAAGAAGAGGAAGAGGACGGUGACAACCUCAGUGGUUAUCUUGAAGACUCGUCUUUUCACCUUCACAGUGACAUGAACUCUGCCCACGAUGACCAGACAGCUUCUUUCCAUUUGCACAACUUUGCAUCCGAGCCCUUCCUCUUGCACAGGUCCAUGGGUGGAAGCAGCGGGGAGUCCCUCAGGGCAGAAGCCUCGGACCUCUCCACCCACCUGGAGGACAUGGACAUUCUAGGACUGGACAGCCAGCUGCGCCUCGGCAGCAGUGGUUCCAACAUGUCCAUGGAUUGUGGAGAGCAAGACUGGGGCGAUGACGAUGGAGAUCAUCCUAUGAGGUGUGGACGGAGCUCCUCCAGCUCAUCCACGCAACACUGCUCCUGCUGUGCUCUCAGCCAGAACUAUCCCCAGCACUUCCCUGAAUCCUUCUCGGAGCCUUUCUCGGAGUGCCAGCACGGCUACGGCAGCGACUCCUCGUGCAACAGCUCUGAUGGCGUGCUCGUGAACUUCAGUGCCAUUUACAACAAGAUGAACAACAGCAUUCCUGAGAAGCCACCGGUCUCUGGGCACACCAACCUCAACAGCUCCACAGACCACUCCCGCACCUCGUCUGUGUCUGAUCCUCCAGGGAACAAGCGAGACUCAACCGGAGGGGCCUUCUAUCUAGACCUUCACACCUCGCCAACGGAGCCUCCCUUGUCACAGCAACAGCCCUUCCCUCUGAUCCAUGAGCCGCACUUGUCCACCUCCUCUACCUGCUCCUGUGCUGUGGAGCACCAGGGGGUUAUUGAUCUCGACGCCAACUGCAACUCUUACCAGCCCCCACAUUCUGGGUCGUCCGGAGACUUCGUGUCCUGUCUCCAGAGUCAGGCGCGCCUUGUUGUCGCCACCCAGAAUUACUACAAGCUGGUCACCUGUGACCUUUCUUCCCAGUCGUCCCCGAGCCCCGCAGGCUCCUCGGUCCACAGCUGCUCCGAUGAGCACAGCAAAGGCAGCCCCACCCCGACCCAACCCAAUGAGUACUUCCUGUUCAGGCAAAGAACAGAUGAAGAGGGUGUGGAAGAAGAAGAUGAAGAUGUGGAGUAUUCUAGGCGAGAUGAUGAAGAUGAUGAUGAUGAUGAUAAUGAUAAUGAAGAAGAGGACAAAGAGGAGAAAAAUCAGCAAGCAGUCGGUGGGUCUGAAGCUGCUCCUACCGUAAUCCAAGGUCAGGUGUAUGUCAACAUCUCCCCUCCUGUGGUUGGCCGCGAUGUCAUCGGGGCCUCCUCUGAAAGCCGUCCCCGCUCUCGCAGCUACGACCGCAACCUGGACAAGUCUCCGUCUCCUCGGCUCGGGUCUAUGGAGCGUAUGUUGAGCUGCCCAGUCCGGCUCAGCGAGGGCACUGCCCCAACCCUGCCUCCUCCUCCAAGAGUCACCUCUUUCGCAGAGAUCGCCAGAAGCAAGCGGAGAAACGGAGCUUCGGGGGGGUCACCCCCGCUGAACGGAGCUGCAGACCCUUUCUCCUCCACUUAUUCUACCCACUCCUCCGUGGAUUUCUCUCCGAUCCUGGAGCAGCGUGUGGAGGUUGACAGUAACAGCCUCUCACCUGUACCCUUCACAAGGUGUUACAGUCAGGGCAGCAUUGAGCGACACCUGGAGGGGGCAAGGGACACUCGGGCUAAAGUUGAAGGUGGCCUCUCCAGUUCCUCAGAAAGCCGUCCGGUGGUGGUGCGCUACACCAAGGACCAGCGGCCCACCACCCUCCCCAUACAGCCCUUCACCUUCCACCACCAGUUCGCCUCCAAUCCCCCGCAGCCGAAGCCUCUGCUGCCCCUGCUCACAGGCUACCUCUCUGGGAUGCAGGUCCGCUCGGGCUCAGGGUCCGGCUCUGGUUCUGGAGGUCCGGUGGGGGAGGAGAGUGAAGAUGCAGAAGAGAAUGUUCACCGGUAUCAAGGGGCUGCCGCUGCCCCUCCACCCGGAUCGGUUCGACCCUCACCUCUCGGGAGCUACUCCCCCGUGCGACUGCAGGGGGCGCCCAGCUCCGGGACCUGCUCCACCUGCACCCCCAGCCCUCAGCCCACACACAGCCUCUCAUGUCCGCUUUCAGCCGGACUUGGCCCCCUGCAGACCCCGCCCACAGGAAAGCAUGGAGGGGGUUCAGGACCAUUACCGCCUACCCCUCCACCUCCAUCCCUGGGGGUGAAGAGAGGGAAUGUGCCUCCAAUGCUGCCGGCGGUGCAGGGACACUGUUUCCAUCAUGGAGCUCUACAGAGUUUACCAGCUCUACACAGUGACACACUGAGCCCACUGGGAUCCAUGGACUCUCAAGUGGAGGGGAGCAAAGGGCCCGGAGCCAGGGCACAUCAUGCACACCACCUCUCCCCCCAGGCUCUCAAAUGGAGGGAGUACCGUCGUCGAAACCCCCUGGGAUUGGAGAGGGGGGUCUCUGGGGGCUACUGUUCUUCAGGAUCAGACGCCCUCUCUGGUAACCUACAACCCAGAAAGGGUGGGGGACCACGACCUGCCCGACGGAACGUGUUUGAUUUCCCUUCAGCCCCCUCUGGCCACGCGCUGGGACGCCUUCAUGUGGGCCAAUCAGCCAAGCUGCAGCAGAUCUAUAGCGACUUCCUGCCGGACUACUUCUCCAUGACCGAGAGGCCUCCGGAGGAGUUCUGCCUCUCCCCCGACGCGUCGUCUUCCUCCUCCUCCGGCUCUUCCACACAGUCCCACAUCUCUGUGGACCUGACACAGAAGAGAGUGAUAGUGGGAAUCAACGAGGAGUGUUUCAAUACUUAA